AUGAAUUCUAGGAGGAGGGCGCUGCUGCUGGCGGCUCUGGUCCUCGCGCUGCUGCUGGCCCAGCGCUGCCGCAGGAGUCACGACCGGGAACUGCGGCUCUCGGACUGGUUUGAACCACGGAUGCGUCCCGACGUGGUCACCACCACCGCCUGGCUGGCUCCCGUGGUGUGGGAGGGCACCUUCAACAGGCAGGCCCUGGAGAAGUUCUACCGAGGGCGCAACCUCACGGUGGGCUUGGCCGUGUUUGCUCCGGGCAGGUUCGUGGACCAGUCCCUGCAGCUGUUCCUGCGCUUGGCGGACGCACACUUCAUGGCCGGCCACCGCGUGAUCUUCUACGUGAUGAGCGACGGCCUGGUGCGGCUGCCGGAGCUGCAGCUGGGCCCCCUGCGCUCGGUGCGCGCGCUGCAGCUGGGCCGGGAGCCCUGGCGGGGGGACCUGCACCUGUGGCGCAUGCAGAGCCUGGGCGCGCACAUCGUGGACCACAUCGGGCGCGAGGUGCACUUCCUGUUCAGCGUCACGGCGGACCAGCAGUUCCAGGGCCACGUCGGGGUGGAGACGCUGGGCGCCUCGGUGGCCCAGCUGCACGGCUGGUGGUACUUCCGCCGCACCAGGAACUUCCCGUACGAGCGCCGGCCCCACGCCGCCGCCUACAUCCCCUUCGGGCAGGGCGACUUCUACUAUGACGGAGCCCUGGUGGGCGGCACGCCGCAGCGCCUGCUGGACCUGGUCGAGGCCUACCUGCAGGGCGUGGUGCAGGACUGGGACCGCGGCCUCAACAGCACCUACGAGAGGCACCUCAACAAGUACUUCUUCCUACACAAGCCCGCCAAGCUGCUGUCCCCCGAGUACGGCUGGGACACCACCUUCAGCCCGCCCCCGCAGGUCCACUACGUGAAGGUGGCCCAGCACCCCAGGCGCGACUGGUGA